AUGGAGUCUCAGAUCUUGAUCCUCACAGAGAAAGAGUACAAAAAAUACCAAGCCAAUCUAGAAGAAAUGUCAUAUAGAAGCCCAAAUUUACCGUCACCAAUAUUUGUCAGCACAGAUUAUGAAGAAAAAGUUGAUAGUAAAGCUGCGGAAAAAUUACUCCAAGAUGAAACCAAGAAAAAUUACUUGUCAAUACUCAAAGACUUAAGCUUAUCACUAGACCCAUCCAAGCCAAAGCUAAAAAUCCAGCCUAUUAAUAUAAAUGAGAAUGAAAAUAUAUUCUUUUCUUACCUGAAUUCUAUAUAACUCCUAUUACUACUAAACAUAAAAGCCCAUUUUCAUAUAUAUUUAGAAUAAAUAAAAAAUACCAAGAUGAAGUCUCCAAACGGCUGUCUCAAAGAACACCCACUGCAAAACCUAAAAGUAAAAAAAGAAGGAUUUUAAAAUCCGCAAGAGUUUCUCAGUAUGCUACCUGCAAUAAUAGCUUUGAAAGAAAAACUCCGAGCACCCACGAAUCUAUUAUUGAAAGACACAAAGAAAAACUGAUAGAUCUUUUAAAUGAUGACAAUCUAGAAAAUCUUCUAGCUAACAAGGAGAAAAAAGAAAGGUGUAAAAGGCCUCUAUCUUUGCAGAUAGACGAUAUUAAGCUAGCACCAGAAAUUACUGAUAGAACCCAAACAACAUUGACGAGGCCUUCGACAGCGAGAAAACCAAGCAAAAGAAUUUUGAAAAAAUUUAUGAGCCAAGUAUUACCAUAUAUUCCUAUUGAUACUUUGAGCACAAAUCCUGAUACUCCAAUGCAUGCUAAAGAAUCGGUGAAGUCAAAAACAGUUAAAAAAAGAAAGCACGUUAAGCAGCUUUCAGACAGUACGCUGGUUCUUAAUAUAGUCUGAGCCUUUUUAUGGUUAGGGCUGUGCUGAUUGCUGUUGAUGUAAUUCAAGGAGAACAAACCAGCAUUUAUUAGUAAAAACAACUAUGAGUGAUAUCGAAAGUCGUCAGCACAGCUUAGGCCAGACUCAGGAUAUAUACAAAAAAGCUUAAUUGGCGCUAAUAGAUUGGCAAUAAAUAAUGAAAAAAUCCAAGAAAAACAAAUUUUUGAUAGGAUUUUGAAUGAAAUUAAGCAGGAAUUUAAAAUCAAUCAAAAAGAACAGUCUUCUAAUAUCAUUGAGCUCAUGCAAAUAAUGUUUAAGGUUAAGCCAGAGCUAGGGGAUAUUAUUAAUCCAAAAGAAAUCACAAAAUAUAAGUCUCUCCAUGAAAGACUUUAUCACUUGAUGAAAGAAAACCCAUCAAAACUGUAUCGAAUAAUUUCAGAUGAGGAAACCAGGCUUAAUACUAAUAGAAAUAGGUUUGAGACUGAUGACUGAACAGAAGAGCAAGAAGCUGCCUUUAGGUCAAUGCUUAGAAAAACACAUAGUUUUAACUCAUUAACAAAAACCAGAAUUUUCAAAGAGGCAGAAAAAAACCUACCAGAAACCCGCACAACUUUAGAUAUGGAGUGAAAAUAUGACAAGCAUUCCCCUUGGGCCAAUGAUUUUGAUUAUAAUGAAGAACAAAACCUGGCAUCCAGCCAAACCUCAAAGCAUGCCAAAAAAUCGUCAAUUUCAAAUCUGAGACAAGAAUGCAAAGGCCUUACUCCUGAAGAAUACAAUUUAAUGAAAUUUAAAGAACUGCAAGAAAAAACAGGCGAUUUCACACUUGGGUUCAAUGCUUUGCAGAAAAAAGCUGAAAAAAUUGACAAAAUUAAUGAAGUUAAAGAAGCAAUAACAGGCUAUAAAAUUUUUAGUGAUUGAAAACAUAACAAGGAUGAGCUGGAAAAAGCAAAAAAUAAAUUAGCAAGCCAUAUAUCCCACACACUAUUUAUUUUCUUAUAGUAAAUAUAUACAUAAAUUACUUUAUUUUAUAAGAAAAUAGUAUAAUUGAAGAAGGAAACGCAGAGGUAAAAAAACUAAACCAAGCCCGCUAUUCUUAUUUAUCAGCAAAAGUUGCUAGACAACGAGCACACAAAGAGCUGCAAGAUAAGCUAAUUCAAAGAGCAGAAAAAAUGAGAAAAGAGCUCAGGGAAAGGCAAAAAACUUUUCAAAUGCUAGUUCUGGUAUAUAGAAAAAUCUGCAGAGAUUUAUAUAGGCUCGACGAUAAAAAGCCUAAGCGAGCUUUGCUAAACAGCCAAUACCCCUUACUCUCCCCCCCCCCCCCUCCGUGAGCGAACAAAAAAAUUUUGUUCGCUCACGGAGGGGGGUUAAUUUUUGUUUUUUAAAAAAAAUUUAUAUAUAAAUUUUAUAAAAAAUAUUUUUUUCGAAAUUUAAAAAAAAUCCUAAUUUGCAAAAAUUGGGGGAAGCAAAUAUUAAUUUAAUUUGCAAAAUUUAUGUUUUAAAACGCAAUUUGUUUAAAAUUAAACAGAAUUAGCUCUAGAUUUCAUUAUACUAAUUAUCACUUAUAUAUCAAAAUUUUUUUCCAUUAAAAUUUUUUCUAUUAAAAAAAUUUUUGUUCACUCACGGAGGGUGGGUUUUUGGUCAAAAAAUGGCGAUUUUUCUAAUGGUUUUGUUCGCUCACGGAGGGGGGGGGGGAGUUAGGCUCCCCUUUAUUCAAACAGUCAAUGAUCAAGCUUGGCUAUCUCCCUGAAGCUUAUAACCCUAGCCCUGCACCCCCUCAUGAAUUUGACCCAGCCUCUAUAAAACGUAUAAAAACGAGUAUUCCUAAGGAAAGCCUUGUCCAUAUUUCUCUAUGAAACCUUCAUAACCAAAGCUCAAACGACAAAAAACAAGACAAAAAUGAAAUGGCGUCUAAAAUAAAAGCAUUAAUAAGAGGCUUCGUCGUCAGAAAAAGAGUUGCCAAAAUCAAAAAAGGUGCAGCCGUUAUAAAACGAUCAUUUGUGAGGUAUAAAACCAAAAAAUUUAUACUGACAGCUCUAUUAGUGGAGCAUUUAUCUAGCGGAAAUAAGCUGCUUGGAGAGCUUUUUACGCGUUAUAGGGAAACUUUUAUUUAUAAUAGAGUGCUAAAAGAAGUUGUCAGUUCUCCGUUUAUUCAAAAACUGCUUAUAGAAAGAAGAAAACAGAAAAAUUUGCCGACAAAAAGCCCACAAAAUUUAAUUAAUUGUUUUGCAGCUGGCUCAUCUAGUAAAACGCCACUAUGCCCGAAAAGUGAUAGGUCUAAAAGAAAACAUAUCACAUUUACUAUGAAAUCAGAAACAGAAGCAUAUAAAAUAAACAAUAAAAUCAAAUCGCCCAGAUUUGCAUUACAAAGAAAAAGUACCACAAAUAUACCAAGUUCUCCUAUUAUAAAAGAACUUCCUGAUAGUGUACAAAUUUAUUUGAAAACUCUGCCAAUUAAAAAAGGCUAG